CUGCAGGCGGCCGGGCCUGAGAAACGCAGCUGAAUGGAGAUAAAAGGGCCACAGAUGCAAGAACUCGGGGACACGUUUCUGAAAGUUUAAGCUGGGUUCGACACUGACAUCCUUUCCUUAUUAAUAAAGAAGAGUGUUUCAGAUGGAACUUAGGAUGUAUUAACCUCAACUUAUUAAAAUACUAACUGGAAUAAUGUUUCGGAACAAUUCUCCAUAAUAAAGUGCUUGUCCUGCCUGCAGAACGCUUAAUAAUUUUCUCUACUGGUAAUGCAACUCAAUGGAGGAAAGUAAUUUAUUGAUAAGCAUCCGUGAUGAUCAGUCAUUUCAUGUUCGCUACAGAAUGGAGGCUUCUUGCUUAGAGCUGGCCUUGGAAGGGGAGCGGCUGUGUAAAGCAGGAGACUGUCAAGCAGGCGUAUCUUUCUUUGAAGCUGCUGUUCAGGUUGGAACUGAAGAUUUAAAAACACUCAGUGCUAUUUACAGCCAGCUUGGCAAUGCCUAUUUUUACUUGCAUGAGUAUACAAAAGCCUUGGAAUACCACCAUCAUGAUUUAACCCUUGCAAGGACGAUUGGAGACCUACUAGGUGAAGCUAAAGCUAGUGGUAAUCUGGGGAACACCUUAAAAGUGCUUGGGAAUUUUGAAGAAGCUAUUGUUUGCUGUCAGAGGCACUUAGAUAUUUCCCGAGAACUUAAUGACAAGGUUGGAGAAGCCAGAGCACUUUAUAAUCUGGGAAAUGUGUAUCAUUCCAAAGGGAAAAAUGUAGCCUGUGCUGGGACUCAUGAUCCAGGGGAACUUCCCGAUGAUGUAAAGGCUGCAUUACAAAAAGCUGCAGAUUAUUAUGAGGAAAACCUGACUAUAGUGACAGAGCUGGGUGACAGAGCAGCCCAGGGACGUGCCUAUGGAAAUCUGGGUAAUACGCACUAUCUUCUGGGCAACUUUAGGAGUGCUGUCAUAGCCCAUGAACAGCGUCUCCUAAUUGCAAAAGAAUUUGGUGACAGAGCAGCUGAAAGAAGAGCAUACAGCAAUCUUGGAAAUGCAUAUAUAUUCCUGGGGGAAUUUGAAACUGCUUCUGAAUACUACAAGAAGACAUUACAGCUGGCUCGACAACUUAAGGACAGAGCUGUAGAAGCACAGGCUUGUUACAGCCUUGGAAAUACGUAUACUUUGCUCCAAGACUAUGAAAAGGCAAUUGACUAUCAUCUGAAGCACCUUACAAUUGCUCAGGAACUGAAUGAUAGAAUUGGUGAAGGAAGAGCAUGUUGGAGUUUAGGAAAUGCAUACACAGCAUUGGGAAAUCAUGACCAAGCUAUGCAUUUUGCAGAAAAACACUUGGAAAUUUCAAGAGAGGUAGGGGAUAGAAGUGGAGAAUUAACAGCAAGACUUAACCUCUCAGACCUUCAAAUGGUGCUUGGUCUGAGUUAUAGCACAAAUAAUUCCAUGAUGUCGGAAAGCCAUGCUGUAGAUGCUAGCUUGAAUGGUACUAAGCCUAGGGUAGGACGCCGUCACAGUAUGGAAAACAUGGAGCUUAUGAAAUUAACACCUGAAAAGGUUCAGAACUGGAACAGUGAACUUCUUGCUAAGCAAAAGCCCCUGAUUGCCAAACCUUCAGCAAAAUUGCACUUUGUAAAUCGACUAAAAGGCAAAAAAUACAAAAACGGCACCUCUUCCAAAGUUCUGCAGGAUGCCAGUAAUUCUAUCGAUCACCGACUUCCAAACUCUCAGAGGAAAAACAGUCCUGACAUGAUUGGAGACGAAGGGUUUUUUGACUUGCUGAGCCGAUUUCAGAGUAACAGGAUGGAUGACCAGAGGUGCUAUUUCCAGGAGAAGAACAGACUGACAGCAGCUGCAGCAACAUCAACUUCCUCUACUCCAGCCAAAACAAUGAGAAAAUCUUUUUCUACUUCCAUGGUCUCACCGCACACCGAUGAAUUCUUAGACUUACUUGCUAGCUCUCAGAGCCGCCGCCUAGACGAUCAGCGGGCCAGCUUUAACAAUCUACCCGGCCUUCGACUGAAUCAUCACAACAGUCAGUCUGUCCUUGGACACCUCAUGGCAAGCAGUAACAGAGAGCCAGAUGAUGAUUUUUUUGAUAUCCUAAUAAAAUGUCAAGGUUCCAGAUUAGAUGAUCAAAGAUGUGCUCCACCCCCAGCUGCUACAAAGGGCCCCACUGUACCUGAUGAGGAUUUCUUCAGCCUUAUUUUGCGAUCACAGGCUAAGAGAAUGGAUGAGCAGAGAGUCCUUUUGCCCUCCAAUAUAAACAGACCAAGUUCUAACUGAAAGACUUCUUAAAGCAAAGCUAUCAGGGGUUUAUUGUGUACUGUAACUUCUCAAUGCAUUUCCUUUCUUGUGCAGGGAAAGCUAUAUUAUGCCUUUUAAGGGUGUGUAUAUAGAGCACUAACAGUUGGCUAGCCAAUUCAAAGCAUAUUGUGUAAAUACUUUUUUCUUUUUUUUUUCUUUUUUACAGGUGUAGUAAAUUGACAGUUCUGUACUUUGCAAUGUGGUCUGCAACAGGUACAGUUGUGACCACUACCUG